AAAUGGUUUUUCAGUUCAAUUAUUUCAAUCUAAUGAGGAUUUGCAUUUUACAUGAAAAUUCAGAAUAUUUUCUGUUUCAUGAAGCCUAAAUAAUAAAGUACGAGUUGAAAUAUGAAGAUAAUGAUGUGAGGAGAGUGAGGAAAAUGAUGAGGAUGGAGAGAUGAUUAUUACAGUUUCUUAUAUUUACUAUGAGUUUGCUUGUUGCAUCCAAUUGUUAUUUAAUCAAUAACACGCAUGUUUUACUGAAUCAACUUGAUUCUUCAACCAGUCAAUCUUUAUUCAACAAACAUUUUUUCAUCUCAUUUAUCUGAGCAACGGAAUCUUCAGAAUCAACCAAUUUAACUUGUGAACCAAAAAAAAAGAGCUGAACCCCCAAAUUUUUUCACCAAUGUACCAAGUGAAGUGUAAAUCCUCAAAUCAUUUACCCUUGCACUUUCAAUGAUAAACCCAACAUUUUAAACCUUUUGUGUCAAUCAAUAAAAAUUUAUCAACAAUUGAAAUUUAAAUGUAAAUUAAUUGAUUGUUGAAACUCAUGUUAAAAUGCCAACAAUUAGUCAACACAAGUUUCCAAUUUACGAUUCAUCACAAAGUAGACUCGAUAAAACUGGUUCAUUUGCAACACCAAUCAGUAGCCGGUUAGGAUCGACCACAUUAAUUGGUUCUGAACAUGUAGUUUAUAUUGUAGCUGCAUCUAUUUUGACUGUCGUUGUUUUUAUUGCCUGUUAUAUUAUUAAAGUUGUUUACGAUAAACGCAAGAAAUCUUACGAUGCUAUCGACGAGACAACUCGAACAAUCAUUUCAAUGCCACAAGCACGAAGAGAAUCAAGUAAAUCAUUCCAAGGUGUUUGUGUAUAUCAAAACCAACCAAUUGAUUUUAUCCUUCCUGGUAUAUCUACUCAUCUACAACCCGCUCCAACAUCAGGAAAACAGAUAACACCAGGCCAUUCCACGGAACAUUUACAAACUGAUAUUUUUGUCCAUGAGAUGGCAAGAAGUGAUUCACAUGAAUCAUUAAUGUCCAAGAAUAUAUCAGAUGAAUGUAAUUUGGAGCAAUCUCGAUCAUCUUUACUGGGAGGUUUAAACCCUGACUUGUAUCGCAUUGGUGGACUUGAUCCAGAUGAAGAUGAUGAUUUUCCAGAUAAUCAUAGAGGCAGAAUAUGGUUUAAAGUUCAUUAUGAAGAAAAGAAUGAACAGCUGUCAGUUAAUUUGUUGAAGAUAAAAAAUUUACCCUCCAGGGUAAAAGGAUCCAUUAACUGUUCUGACCCAUUUGUCAGAAUCUUUCUUUUGCCUGAUGGAAGACGAUAUGUCCAGUCAAAGGUUAAAAAGAAGACUUGUAACCCAAGGUUUGAUGAGACUUUUGUUUUCCAGGUUCCAAAUAAAUCUGUUCAAGAUAGCUCGCUUCGAUUAACAGUGUUUGACAAUGAUAGAGGUAAACGACACACCAUAAUUGGCCAUGUUAUAGUUAAAUUGAAAGAUGUCGAUGUAAAUUCAACUGAACCUGUACUCUUUUGUAAAGACCUGGAGAUAGAGCAAGAUGAGCCGCCAUCCGAGUCCGGGGAAAUAAAUGUAAGCCUUUGUUACAAUCCGAUGAUUGAAAGGUUAACAGUGACGGUGUGUGAAGCCAAAAAUUUGAGGUGGCCUGAUGAUUUGCCACUAGAAACCUGCGUUAAAAUCAGUCUCUUUACUGGAAGCAAAAUGGCUAAAGUUAAAAAGACAUCAAUAGCAAAGAAAAGUUCACAGCCUAAUUAUAAUGAAUCCUUCCAUUUCAAGCUUAAUCAAUCUUCUGUGGCAAUAUCGCAUAUUUUACUCCAAGUUAAUCUUGCUCAUGUAGGAAACAAAGGAGAUAAAUGUCUCGGCAGAGUUGUUCUCGGGUCUCAUAUGUUCGCUCGUGGCAGAGCUUUGGAGCACUGGAUAACUGCUAUAACAACUACACCUCAUAAACAAGUCCGACAGUGGCACAAAUUAACUUAAGAAUGGUUCUUCGAAGGAUUUCAAAAUGAAUCGACAUUACCAAAAAAGCUGGAAAUUGUUUACAUUUGUUCAAUAGCUUUAAAACGAAGCACAGUAAUAAUGAGAUAAAAUUUUCAUCGGUGGACCGACCAUUUGAUUAAAAUUAUCAUCGUCAUCAUCUUCAAUUUCGAAAUCAUCAACACAAGUCAUACAACUUCCAACUGAAUCGACUUACAGAGAUUAUCUUCCAAUCUUUCUAUCCAGUGGAUAUACCAAAAAUCAAAUUUAUAAAUCCAUUUGACAACUGGAGUGAAAAGUAUAUUAUACGUUAUGAAAUUAGAUUCCAAUCAACAUCAUCUUUAGUUUUCAAUAGGCUGUAUUAUUUUGAAAAACCAUUGUAACAAAUUUAAUUCUGUAUUUCAUAAAACUUGACCACUAGUUUA